AUGGAUCUCGACGCUCUAGAAGCCGAGUCGCUGCCCUUGCAUACUCUCCAAAAUGGCUCCCUAUCCUCCGCCGCAAACUCCACACCCCCGAAAUCUCCCGCACAACAUCGCUCGACAGCCUACCUCGACGGCCUCCGUGGUCUAGCCGCUUUUUUCGUCUACUAUUAUCAUCACCUGUCUUGGUUCUACGGUCCCACUGCACCUUUCGUCUGGGGUCUUGGACAUGUCGACGCGGAAACUGGACAAGGCGGGUGGUAUUUUGUGCAACUCCCCUGGAUUAGAAUAUUCUUUUCGGGAGGAAACCCCGCCGUGGCGAUCUUUUUUGUGCUGUCGGGGUAUGUGCUGAGUAUAUCUCCAUUUCGGAAAUUACAUGAUGGGAGGAGGAAGGAUGUUCUGAACAGCUUGGUGAGCGCUACGGUGAGGAGGCCGUUUCGGUUGUACAUUCCCGUCAUUGGAGUGAGCUUGGCUUUCGUGCUGGCCAUGCAUUUACCCUUCGGACUGGCGCCAAAAGUCGGCUGGCCGACGCCGAAGGACUCACUCGCUGCGGAACUGGCAGAGUGGGUGCCGCAGACAUUGAGAGUACUCAACCCUUUCGCUCUACUAGGCAUUACCAAACCAUGGUACAUCUACGACCCGCCAGCAUACACCAUGGCAAUCGAGUACGUCGGCUCAAUGCUCGUCUUCGCCCUCCUCGCAUGCCUCACCUUCAUCCGCUCCGCACGCCUCCACGGCCUCAUCCUCGUCCUCCUGUGCCUGGCAUUCCUCCUCACCUACCACUGGACCUGGGCCAUGUUCGCAAUGGGAAUGUUCCUCGCCCUCAACGACGUGGAAGCCUUCGACUCCACCUUCCUCUCCCGCUUCGGCGCCCGCGCGACCAAUACCCUCCACCACAUCUCCUUCAUCGUCGGCUGGUACCUCCUCUCCCAACCCGCGGGUCCCAUGGACGCCGGCAAAAUGUCCAUGGACACUCCAGGCUGGUACAUCCUCACGAACCUCAUCCCCUCCAUCUACAUCGGCACCAACAAAGAAUACUGGCGCUGGUGGAACGCCUGGGGCGCGCUGCUGCUCGUCUACUCCGUCCUGCGCAUCCGCUGGCUUCAGCGAUUCUGCACUUCCCGUCCGCUCGUCUACCUCGGGAGACUGUCGUUCAUGUUGUACCUCACGCACACACCGGUGUUGUGGACGUUUGCGGACAGGGUGUAUCGGGCGCUGGGCAAUGUACCCGCGGAGGGGAUGAGCACGUGGUGGGAUGGGAGGUUUGAGGUGCCGAAUUGGGGACCGCAUGGGUUUGGGACGAGGUGGUUUCUGGCGCAGGGGCUGGUGUUGCCGGUGCAGUUUCUGGUGGCGGAGGGGGCGACGAGGGGAAUUGAUCGGCCUAGUAUUGAGGUUGGGAGGUGGAUUGUGGGGAGGCUGGGGAUUUGA